GUAGGAUUUUCGCGGUUGUGACUUGUGAGGCGAGGCUUCGAGUAUUGAAGGCGGUUUGAAAAUUGCCAAGUUCUCUCUCUCUCUUUGCCUCCACUCAAUUUAGCGGACUUUUCAGAUAUUUUCACUGCUCAACUUAAGACUAAGCAUGAGCAGCAGCAGCAGCAACAACUUGUUUGAGAAUGGGUGAAGUGAUGCAGACGCAGGGGGAACAGAGCAACAAUGCCUCGGCGGUUCGGUGGGAACGCUUUCUGCCUCGGAUGGUGCUUAGGGUGUUGCUUGUCGAAGCUGAUGAUUCCACACGACAGAUCAUUGCUGCACUUCUCCGUAAAUGCAGUUACAAAGUUGCCACAGUUCGUGAUGGCUUAAAAGCAUGGGAGACAUUGAAGGACAAAGCAUCUGAUAUAGAUCUCAUAUUAACAGAAGUCGAUUUGCCAUCAAUAUCUGGAUUUUCACUUCUUACUUUAAUCAUGGAGCAUGACAUUUGCAAAAACAUUCCCGUCAUAAUGAUGUCUUCUCAUGAUUCAGUUAGCAUGGUGUUCAAGUGCAUGUUAAAAGGGGCUUCUGAUUUUCUUAUAAAACCUGUCCGCAAGAAUGAGCUAAGAAACUUGUGGCAGCAUGUAUGGAGAAGGCAUGCUAUUAGCGGGCCUCCGCAGAAUUUAACACUGCCACAGAUUGAACUUGGUGUUGCUGCAGAAAACGAUGCUGCAAGCACUGAUUCAAGUGGUUCUGUGGCUUCUACACCAAAAAAUAACGAAUGCAGCGAGGAAACAAGUGAGGCUCAAGAUAUAUCGCAGCUAAAGAGCUCUUCAAAUUUGAGCAAUAUUGACACAGUGAACCAUGAAAACUCUACCAAAUGUGAAAGGGAUUCAGAUAAAUAUAAUGACGAAGCUGGAGAGAAAUCAAUAUUUAUAUCAGAAGCUGCAAGGUGCAACAGAACUUUUAAACCAACAGGUUUAAGGGUUGGUCGAGGCUACGAUUUUCAUGAAAAGAAAAAUCAAGAUGAAGUUCUAAGAAUAGAGUUGAGCAAAGCCAAUCCUCAGAUUAAUACAGAUAUACAUGAAUGCAGUGAUGAACUGGUAGAUCCUUCUACUGGUGCUAUUGAUUUGAUUGCUACAUUCAAGAAUCUUCCAAACAGAACUGAUGAAAAAUGUAGUGGUAACACUGCCAAGUUUGAUUUCGAUACACAAUUGGAACUUUCUUUAAGACAAGAUUUUCCUGGAAGCUCAUGUAAAGCUGCAUCUGAGGAAAGGCAAAUAUUGAAUCAUUCUAACGUGUCUGCUUUUUCUCGGUACAGUAGUAGUAAGUUGUUGCAGCCCCUUUUUCCAACACCAUCUACUAUCUCUGAUAAAUUAACAAAUGCCAGUCAGAAUUCUCAUGAAUCCCAUAAAUUAUCCGAAAAUGCAUAUACUUCUCUUCAAUACGGAGGAAAAAAUCAAAAUCAGGAGAAAUUCAUCACUCUGGUCAUUGGUCAGUCUGGACAAGCUGAUCCAAAAUUACAAAACAGUCAACUUGGAUCGUUUCCUGCUACUGGGGUUACUUCUGAUCACAAGUCUAUGGAAAACAGUAAUGUUUUCCCUUCUAUGCUUUAUGCACAAUCAGUUGUCAAUCAUCCCAUACGGACUCCAAAAUCAGUGUGCCAGAAAGAGAGUUCUCCAUUUCCCACAAGUACUUCCUCCCAGUCAAAUACUCUAAGUCACAAUUCAGAACGUCAUCACUGGUCAGACGAUGCAACCCAUGUUUCUGAUCAAAAUGUAAACGAUCAAAGCAAUUUGGAUUGUGAGACACAUGACUCUUCUGCUGCUGGUCAGUGUGCUGAUACAUCAAAUCAUAAUAGUAAUGGUGUAUACAGAAGCAUAGGUUGCAAAAGAGACGGAAAUGCUACUUCAGCUAAGGUAGUUGGGGACAGCCAUGAAAGUUUUAUUGAUAGUGGUCACCGUAGUUAUGAUGGAUUCUUAGGGACAGAUUCUCAUCGCACCAGCCAACGUGAAGCAGCUCUAACAAAGUUUCGGCUGAAGCGGAAAGACAGAUGCUAUGAGAAAAAGGUGCGAUAUCAAAGCCGGAAGAGACUGGCAGAGCAGCGUCCUCGGGUGAAAGGGCAGUUUGUUCGCCAAGUACACAAUGAUCAUCCAGUAGCAGAUGCGGGUGGUGGUUCCUGAAAUUGUUGUUUCAAAUUACCCUGAUCAUUGAAUUUCAGUCUGACUUCCAAAACUGAUUUGCCUCACUCCACAAGGAUUAACUCUAGGGUCUAGUGUCUGGUGAAAUAUUUUCCUAUUAGCAUUGAUAGUAUUUUCUUCUGGCUUGUUAUAUUGGCUAUCUCUUAGAAUUUAGGAUUGUAACUAUUUAGUAGGAUUGAUCUAAAGUUUUGAUUUUACCUCGUGUAUAUGUUUUCAUGAUUGAAUGCUAGUAUAGGGCUACCGUUAUAUAGGCAGUGUGAUUCUAUCUUAGAAGGUUGAAAUACCUUUUAUCUCGGUAAAGUAUCUAUGGUUUUGCAAUCGAAUGAUCUUUAUAGA